ACCUUGGAACGGCGCGUAAGUCGGCCAGUACUUGCGCGCCAUGGCCAUCCACCACGGCGUGCAGCUGAUGGCACUGGCCUCUCUGGUGCUCGUCGCCGCGGUGGCUCCAGCCACGACGCACCUCCGCUUCUACAUGCACGACAUCGUGACGGCGGAGGCGCCGAGCGCGGCCACGGCGGUGCGCGUCGUCAGGGGCCUGACGCCGCUGCCCAACGACCCCACCAACCGCUUCGGCGACAUGUACACCAUCGACGACGCUCUCACGGAGGGGCCCGGCGCGGCGUCGCCGGUCAUCGGGAGGGCGCAAGGGUUCUACCUCUUCGCGUCGCAGACGGACGCCGCGCUGCUGCUCAGCGCCAACAUGCUGUUCACGGCGGGGAAGCACAACGGCAGCACCGUCGCCGUGUUCGCCAGGGACGCCAUCCUCGACACCGUCAGGGAGCUGCCGGUCGUCGGCGGCACCGGCGCCUUCCGCGGAGCUGCUGGAUACGGCCUGCUUCGGACGAAUACGUACAACGCCACCACCAGCAACGCCGUGCUCCAGAUCGACAUGUACCUGCACGUGUAGGCACCGCGCGCGCACGUACAUUGAUUUGUAUAGGUAUUUGCAUAUGCAUGCAAAAUGCUUUUUUUCAUGGUAAUACGUGUCUCAUUUAUAUCAUAAAAAUCAUAGUACAAGUCACGUA